GUUCGGGCUGAAGUGGCAUCCCUCUCCCGCCCCCCUCGUCCCUGGGUUCCUGCCUUCCGAGGACUGUCCUCGACCUUUACCCUCGUCCAUUUCCCCUGCCUUACUCCCUACUCCACUGCCCCCCGUAACUGAAUAUCUCCACUCCUGGCGCCCCCAGCGUUUCUCCCCUCCCGCCGCAAACCUCGCGACCUCCAACAGCCCGCCCCCGCGGCCGGAUCUUGCUUGGCAGAUCUCACCGCAGCCUCCCGGGUCUUCCCGCUCUCCGGGGGCUCGCCCCACUACGCCGCCGGGUUGUCAGCCCUCGGGCUUCCCUGCUCCCUCCUCCCACCCCCUUGAAGCCCCCUCCCCCGCCCUGGCCAGCCGGCAUGCAGGUGUCUAUCGCGUGUACCGAGCAGAACCUUCGCAGCCGGAGCAGUGAGGACCGUCUGUGUGGAUCCCGGCCGGGCCCCGGGGGCGGUAAUGGCGGGCCAGUCGGCGGGGGGCACGGGAAUCCUCCGGGGGGUGGAGGGUGGGGCCCCAAGGCCCGAACUGCACUGGUUCCCCGACCCCCAGCGCCUGCUGGGGCCCUCCGAGAGAGCACCGGCCGAGGCACUGGCAUGAAAUACAGGAACCUGGGAAAGUCUGGUCUUCGGGUAUCCUGUCUUGGCCUGGGUACCUGGGUCACAUUUGGUUCUCAGAUCUCAGAUGAGAUAGCCGAGGAUGUGCUGACAGUAGCCUAUGAGCAUGGUGUAAACCUGUUUGACACCGCUGAAGUGCAUGCAGCAGGAAAGGCUGAAAGAACCCUAGGCAACAUCCUCAAGAGCAAAGGUUGGAGGAGAUCAAGCUAUGUCAUCACCACCAAGAUUUUUUGGGGAGGACAGGCAGAAACUGAGAGAGGCUUGAGCCGCAAACACAUCAUUGAGGGCUUGCGAGGAUCCCUAGAACGCCUCCAGCUGGGAUACGUGGACAUCGUCUUUGCCAAUCGCUCAGACCCCAACAGUCCUAUGGAGGAGAUUGUACGAGCCAUGACCUAUGUCAUCAACCAGGGCCUGGCCCUAUACUGGGGGACAUCCCGAUGGGGGGCUGCAGAAAUCAUGGAGGCCUACUCCAUGGCCAGACAGUUCAAUCUGAUUCCUCCCGUGUGUGAACAAGCUGAGCACCACCUGUUUCAGAGGGAGAAGGUGGAGAUGCAGCUGCCAGAGCUCUACCACAAGAUUGGUGUUGGCUCAGUCACCUGGUCCCCUCUGGCCUGUGGGCUCAUUACUAGCAAGUAUGAUGGGCGAAUCCCAGAUACCUGCAGGGCUGCCAUCAAGGGCUACCAGUGGCUCAAGGACAAAGUGCAGAAUGAGGAUGGCAAGAAGCAACAAGCCAAAGUCACAGACCUUCUGCCCAUCGCUCACCAGCUGGGCUGCACUGUGGCCCAGCUUGCUAUUGCGUGGUGUCUCCGCAGUGAGGGUGUCAGCUCGGUCUUGCUGGGGGUGUCCAGUGCAGAGCAGCUGAUUGAACACCUGGGUGCUCUACAGGUGCUGAGCCAGCUGACCCCGCAGACGGUGAUGGAGAUAGACGGGCUCCUGGGUAACAAGCCGCAUUCCAAGAAAUAGUGCGUCGGGGGCGCGGGGACCUAACCCAGAGCCGCUGCACCUGCCCCAGAACCGCUUCCUCGCAGCUGCCUCUCUCUGGAUCCCUCCCCGCAGCGGCCAGAGCCAGAGUCGCCCCGCCCACUAACGAGUCCCAGCUUUGAGUAGCGAUACGCAUGAACAAGCCAUAUCCUUCCGCAGUGAGGCUGAAGAGAGAAAGUAGUCCGCCCGCCACCUGCUGCGUCCUCCUGGCCUUGCAAAUCCUGGGCAUGAGCUACUGGCCAAUCGCUCUCUGCCACUCGCUCCCUUCUCUCUUCCUCCUAUUGCCGAGGCCCAGGAAAAAAAACGGGCCGAUACAGGAAACAUACAGAGUACCUCAAAAGGGGCCCUCGAAAUGUUAUCAAGGGGUAAUAAUUUAGUGAGUUGUGAUGUCCUCUGGGACUUAGGAAAUGGGGCUCUUAUGUUAUUCGGUGCAAAGGAAGCCAGGCUGGU